AUGAUUCUCAAUCCAAAUGUACACAUCAGUUUCGAAAAGCAUCACCCUACGAAUUGAUUCAAUUAUUUGUGUUCGAUUUUUGUAUCCUGAUAAUAAUGUUCUCUCCAUCGUUCCCGAAACCAAAUUCAUAAAUAAAUUGCAGUGAACACGGGAGAGUUAUCCAAGUAGUAAUUGCGCGGACAAUUGAGGAAAAAUCCUGUCAGAAUAAAAUUCAAAAUGUCUGGGAAAUGCAAAAACUGCGGUUCAACAGAGAUCGAGACAGAUCCAGCACGUGGAGAUGCUGUCUGUACAGCAUGUGGAGUGGUCCUCGAAGAUCAACGGAUCGUCAGCGAGACAGCCUUCGAGGAAACACCCUCCGGUAACAUGACAAUGAUCGGUCAAUUCGUGGCAAGUGACAGCACAGGUGGUGCAACUGGCUUUGGUGCAGCGUAUCACGUUAACGGUAAAGAAUCCCGUGAUAUAACGAUACAAAAUGCUCGCAAAGGUAUUACACAUUUGUGCCAACAACUGCGAUUGAAUCAACGCCACAUUGAGACGUCUGUCAAUUUCUAUAAAAUGGCAUUGUCAAGGAAUUUAACGCGCGGACGAAAACACGCCCACAAUCAUGCUGCCUGUGUUUACAUCACCUGUAGAACUGAGGAGACACCGCAUUUGUUGAUUGAUAUAAGUGAUAUUCUUCAGAUCGACGUUCAUGAAUUGGGUAGAACAUACCUAAAAUUCACAAAUGCAUUGUGCAUUAAUAUUCCUUCCAUGGAUCCAUGUUUAUUCAUAAUGAAGUAUGCGUUAAAAUUGGAAUUCGGUGAUAAGACGAAUGAGGUGUCCAAUACAGCUCAACGAUUGCUUCAAAGAAUGAUGAGGGACAGCAUACACAGUGGUCGGAGGCCCUCUGGACUCUGCGGUGCUGCCUUACUGAUAGCCUCUCGUUUACAUGAAUUCAAUCGUACACCAAACGACAUAAUUAAAAUCGUCAAAGUUCACGAAUCAACUCUGCGCAAACGAUUGAUCGAAUUUGGUGAUACGCCAUCCAGUGCCCUGACUCUCGAUGAAUUUAUGACUGUUGAUCUUGAAGAGGAGCAGGAUCCCCCAGCCUUCAAAGCAGCGCGAAAGAAGGAUCGAGAACGAUUACAAAAGUUGGAGAAUAUUGAUACUGAGUUCGAUGAUUUACAGAGUGAGAUUGACAGACAGCUUGAGGAGUACAGAACAUCGAAGGGAAAGAGGCGUAGGAAUAAUGACGAAGGAGUUGAAGAGAUCGAUGCGGAGAGAUUUGUGGCUGAGAGUACCAUGGAUGUCAUUAAAAACUGUUUAAACAGUAAUGCUGAGGAUUCAUCGAUUGAUAAUUUUGACAACGAUAGAGGAACAUCGUCGGAGACGAUUGGCCUGGGUCCAGACAUUGCUUCAAUGGGUCUGGGUCUGUCGAUGAAUGAAUCGCAUUUGAAUGACCGAAAUGAGGAUGACUUAUUUGAGACUGAAAAUGGUGAAAUUGAUAUGACUGAUGUGGACGACGAAGAACUCGAUAGUUACAUUAUGACAGAGAAAGAGGCUAGUAUGAAAUCUAAUUUGUGGCAUAAAGUUAAUGCAACGUAUCUCGAGCAACAAAAGGAGAAGGAAGAGAAGAGAUUGAAGGAGAAAGAAGAGGGGAAACCUGAGAAGAAAAAACGAAAAACUGGGACGAAGAAAAAAAGUGGAAUGGGGCCAGCUAAUAGUGCUGGGGAAGCCAUUGAGAAGAUGUUGCAGGAGAAACGAAUUUCGACAAAAAUAAAUUAUGAAGUAUUGAAAAGUUUGAAUAUUGGAGUUUCGUCGAAUCAGGGAACUGUGAAUGAAACUACGGACGAAACUGAUGUAAAUGAUAUUGAUGGAAUUCGAGUGCAGAAAGAAGUGAAGGUGAAAUUGACUACAGUGAAGCAGGGAAUUCGGAGAGGAGGAAAUAAGCAUGAGGAGUCUCUGGAAGACACAUCUCCCGGGAAGAAGGGGAACAUUGACAACGGAAUCAGUGAGAGCAUUAUCGGAGAGGGGGUUGUAGAGAUAGUUGAUGAAGCUGACGACUAUGUUGAGGAUGAGGUUGAGAUUGAUCCCAAUGAAAUAAGCGUAGGGCAGAUGCUGCAGAGACAUACUGACGAGGAGGAACAAUAUGGAUAUGACUAUGAUGAUGAGGAGUAUUAAUCACAUGAAUUCUUUUUUUGCGGUUUUUUUAUACGAGACAAUGAGACAAUAGUGUUUUGUUUGUGUGGAAACCAGUUAAUAAAUUGCAUUUUCCUGAUUACAUGAAUUGAUAUGAAUGAUGUGUACUUACCGUGUCAAAUGGCGGCCUGUCAGUGGCCACCAUGGAGGAGGAAAGACGAAAUAAUAAAUCUUUUGGCACACCGCAACAAGAAGAUUGUACGAAAAAAGGCUUUUUGACAAAAUUGUAAUAUUUUUAAGAAUUUUUUGAACAAACUUUUACGGUGAAUUACUAAUCACUUACGCCGAUCUCCUCAAUUGA